AGCCUUCCCCGCAGCCUGCGCCCAGGGCGGUAGCUGGUGUUGCACUGGUCCCCUAUUGCACCCCCUGGCGGGCCAGUCGCCUGGAGCUGCUGCCGGUGCUUCCCGUGCUGGGUCCGUGGCCCCACCGCGGAGCAAGAAGAGGACUCACUGCCCAGCAGGCGCCGGCGGGGAAGGGGCCAGCGGCUCCCGCGGCGCGUGGAUUAUAAACGCUCCCGCUUUGCUCCGUGAUCUCCAGGCUGACUGGGCAUGCCUCGCUAGACUGACGGCGGAGGGCGAGCCGGGCACCUUCAAGUCCAGCACCGGGGAAGCAGCGGACAAUGGGGCGUGUAAAGAGGAGAGCCGGGCGACCACGUCCCCAAGCCGCCUGCGUGCAUCUCCUCUCAGCGCGACUGCCGCCUGCUCCCGGGGCGGGCGACUCUGCGUGAAGCCGCCUCCCAACUUCACCCGUCCCUGUUUGCUGGCGAUCUGCUGCGAGCGGCCGGACUUCAGACCCCUGGCGAGACCCGCCAGCCCAGGGAAGCCUCGUCGGUUCCCGGGGAUGCAGCCGGCUUCCUCUGCCCGCUCGUCCCUGUGCGGGUGGCUGACCGUGCUGGCAUGCCUUCGGCUCUGCGUGGAGCAACCGGUGCCUUCCGGAGCUUCUCGCCGCCCGGGCGGUGAGUGUUGCGUGGCAAGGCGAGAGCGAUGCUGCCUCCGGGACUCGGGUGGGAAAGAGAGGGAAGAGGCAGUUUCAGCACCACCGGCGCCUCGGACAGCUACCAGCGCCGAGCUGGGAAUCCACCCAGCUGCAGAGGGGAGAAAGCUCUCUCUCUGCCUUCUAUGGACUCCCUUCAACUCCACCAAAGGCUGUUUACAAACUCUUUGUGUUGGCGUAGAUUUCACAAGCACACCAACUCCGGGAUUCUUUUCUUACCGGCCAUUAAAACCUACUCGUCCAACUAUGCAGAAUGAGUUACUUCUCCCUUCCCCAUGGCUCAAGACAAGGAGGAGAAGAGAGGGGCCCUUGAGACCCUUGCUGAGGUCUCGGAGAGCAGCCAAUCGUCACCCCCUCUUCCCUCAAUACAACUACCAGGUUCAGGUGGCUGAAAACCAACCUCCGGGGACCCCUGUAAUAACAAUGGCAGCUCAAGACCCCGAUUCAGGUGAGGCUGGGCGGCUAUUGUACUCCAUGGAUGCCCUGAUGAACAGCAGGUCUCUGGAGCUGUUUAGCAUAGACUCCCACAACGGCCUCAUCACCACCACUGAGGUUUUGGACAGGGAGAAUAUGGACUUACACUACUUUCGGGUGACUGCUGUGGAUCAUGGGGUUCCCCGUCUUUCAGCCACCACCAUGGUUGCUAUCACAGUGGCAGACAGAAAUGACCAUAAUCCAGUAUUUGAGCAGGGUGAGUACAGGGAGACUAUCAGAGAAAACGUAGAAGAGGGCUACCCUAUCCUACAGCUGAGGGCCACAGAUGUGGACUCCCCACCCAAUGCCAACAUAAGAUACCGUUUUGUAAAUGCUCAAGCAGCCCAUUCUGUCUUUGAAAUAGAUUCACGGUCAGGGUUGAUCACCACAAGUGGGCAAGUGGACAGGGAGAAAAUGGAGAAAUAUUCUUUGGUGGUAGAGGCAAACGAUCAAGGUAAAGAACCUGGCCCCAGAUCCGCCACAGUUAGAGUCUAUAUCACAGUCCUUGACGAGAAUGACAAUGUCCCGCAGUUCAGUGAGAAACGCUAUAUAGUCCAGGUAAGGGAGGAUAUCAGGCCCCAUUCAGAAAUUCUGAGAGUUACAGCCACUGACUUGGACAAGGAUAAUAAUGCUCUAGUUCAUUAUAACAUCAUCAGUGGGAACAGCAGGGGCCAGUUUUCUAUAGACAGUGUAACAGGGGAAAUACAGGUGGUAGCUCCUUUGGAUUUUGAAGUUGAGCGAGAAUAUGCUCUGAGAAUACGUGCCCAGGAUGCAGGGCGGCCUCCUCUGUCUAACAACACAGGUAUGGUUAGCAUUCAGGUGGUGGACAUUAAUGACCAUGCCCCCAUUUUUGUCAGCACUCCCUUUCAAAUAUCUGUCCUGGAAAAUGCCCCUUUUGGUCAUUCAGUCAUUCACAUCCAGGCUGUGGAUGCAGAUUAUGGAGAAAACUCUCGACUGGAGUACAAGCUUACUGGAGUCUCCUCUGAUACCCCCUUUGUGGUGAACAGCGCCACUGGCUGGAUUACUGUGAGUGGCUCCUUGGACCGAGAAACUGUGGAGCACUAUUUCUUUGGGGUAGAGGCCCAGGACCAUGGCUCCCCAACUUUAUCAGCUUCUGCUAGUGUCACCAUUACUGUCAUGGAUGUAAAUGACAAUCGUCCUGAAUUCACUCACAAAGAAUAUUUCAUCCGUCUUAAUGAAGAUGCUGCCGUGGGGACCAGCGUUCUCAGCGUCACUGCAAUUGAUCGGGAUGUGAACAGUGCCAUCAGCUACCAGAUCACAGGUGGGAACACACGGAACCGCUUUGCCAUCAGUACGCAGGGAGGAGUGGGCCUUAUCACUCUCUCUUUGCCCCUGGAUUACAAGCAAGAGAGGCGCUAUGUGCUCACAGUGACGGCUUCUGAUAGGACUCUGCAUGACAACUGCCAUGUGCACAUCAAUAUCACGGAUGCCAACACUCACAGGCCAGUGUUCCAAAGUGCCCAUUACUCUGUGAGUGUCAAUGAGGAUCGUCCUGUAGGCAGCACAGUGGUCGUCAUCAGUGCCACCGAUGAUGAUGUGGGGGAAAAUGCCAGGAUUACCUACUACUUGGAGGACAAUAUCCCCCAGUUUCGCAUUGAUGCUGACUCUGGUGCCAUCACCUUGCAGGCAGAGCUGGAUUAUGAGGACCAGGUCACCUAUACCCUGGCCAUUACUGCCAAAGAUAACGGGAUUCCUCAGAAAGCAGAUACAACCUAUGUGGAAAUCAUGGUAAAUGAUGUUAAUGACAAUGCCCCCCAAUUUGUUAGUGCUCAUUAUCAAGGCAUCAUCUCUGAGGACAGCCCACCCUUCACCAGUGUCCUUCAGAUCUCUGCCACUGACCGGGAUGCCCACGCUAACGGACGGGUGCAGUACACCUUUCAGAGUGGGGAGGACGGGGAUGGGGACUUCACAAUAGAGCCAACCUCCGGGAUUAUCCGCACUGUCCGCAGGCUGGACCGUGAGACGAUCCCAGUCUAUGAACUCACUGCUUAUGCCGUGGACAGGGGAGUCCCACCUCAAAGAACCCCUGUCCAUAUCCAAGUCACUGUCCAAGAUGUGAAUGACAAUGCCCCUGUCUUUCCAGCUGACGAAUUUGAGGUCUUAGUGAAGGAAAACAGCAUUGUGGGCUCUGUCGUGGCCCAGAUUGUGGCCAUCGAUCCCGACGAGGGACCCAAUGCCCAGAUCAUGUAUCAGAUUGUGGAAGGCAACAUCCCUGAAAUUUUUCAGAUGGACAUAUUUUCGGGUGAGCUCACUGCCCUGAUUGACCUGGACUAUGAGAGUAAGUCAGAGUAUGUAAUUGUAGUUCAGGCUACCUCUGCCCCCCUUGUCAGCAGAGCUACAGUGCGCAUCAGACUCAUUGACCAGAAUGAUAACAGCCCCAUCCUUAAAAACUUCCAGAUCCUCUUUAACAACUAUGUCUCCAACAAGUCCAACACCUUCCCUUCGGGGGUGAUAGGAAAGAUCCCCGCUUAUGACCCGGAUGUGUCUGACAGACUCUUUUACACCUUUGAAAGGGGAAAUGAGCUGCACUUGUUGAUUGUCAACCAGACUAGCGGGGAGCUCCGACUGAGUCGUAAGCUGGACAACAACCGCCCCUUGGUGGCCUCCAUGCUGGUGACUGUGACAGAUGGGAUCCACAGUGUCACAGCCCAGUGCGUCCUGCGGGUCAUUGUCAUCACAGAGGAUAUGUUAGCCAACAGCAUCACUGUGCGUUUAGAGAACAUGUGGCAAGAGCGUUUCCUCUCUCCGCUUCUAGCCAGUUUUUUGGAGGGUGUGGCCACAGUACUAGCCACGCCCAAGGAGGAUGUCUUCAUCUUUAACAUCCAGAAUGACACAGAUGUUGGAGGCCAAGUGUUGAAUGUCAGUUUCUCAGCAAUGGCACCUCGUGGUGGCCACUUUUUCAGCUCUGAAGAACUUCAAGAGCAACUGUACAUGAAGCGCAUGACCCUGACCUCAGUCUCCAUGCUGGAGGUGCUGCCCUUUGAUGAUAACGUGUGCCUUCGUGAACCUUGCCAGAACUACAUGAAAUGCAUCUCGGUGCUCAAGUUUGACAGCUCAGCUCCCUUCAUCGCCUCCCCCUCCACCCUCUUCCGACCCAUCCACCCCAUCACAGGCCUGAGGUGCCGCUGCCCCCAGGGCUUCACUGGGGAUUAUUGUGAAAUGGAGAUCAACCUCUGCUAUUCCAACCCUUGCCACAAUGGAGGAGUCUGCACACGCAAGGAAGGUGGAUACACCUGCAUCUGCCGCCAGCAUUUCACAGGUGACAAUUGUGAAGUGGACAGCCGGACAAGCCGCUGUGUCCCUGGUGUAUGCAGGAAUGGAGGCACCUGUACUAACUCUGCAGAUGGUGGCUUCCUAUGCCAGUGCCCACCUGGGGGCUUUGAAAAGCCUUACUGUGAAGUAUCCACACGCUCCUUUCCCCCAAAAUCUUUUAUCAUGUUUCGAGGCCUGCGUCAGAGAUUCCACCUUACCCUCUCCCUCUCAUUCGCCACCUUAGAGCACAGUGGUCUUCUGAUUUACAAUGGACGUCUGAAUGAGAAGCAUGACUUCCUGGCCAUAGAGAUUGUGGACGGGCAAGUGCAGUUGAAGUACUCCACAGGUGAGUCAAGCACUGUGGUUACCCCAUAUGUGCCAGGAGGUGUAAGUGAUGGGCAGUGGCAUACAGUACAGCUUCACUAUUACAACAAGCCCAAGAUCAGCUCCCUGGGUUCAGUGCAAGGACCUUCCAAAGACAAGGUGGCCAUCCUAAUGGUGGACAAGUGUGAUGCAUCUGUGGCCCUGCAGUUUGGCAACGAGAUUGGGAACUACUCCUGUGCAGCUGAAGGGGUGCAGUCCAGUUCCAAAAAAUCACUGGACCUCACUGGGCCCUUGCUCCUUGGAGGGGUCCCCAACCUGCCUGAGAAUUUUCCUGUUGAGCACAGGGAGUUUGUGGGGUGCAUGAGAGAUCUGUACAUUGACAGUAAACGCAUCGACCUGGCUUCCUACAUUGCAAACAAUGGGACCUCCACAGGAUGCCAUGCCAAGCACUCUUUCUGUGAUUCAAACCCUUGCAAGAACAGUGGCACCUGCUCUGUGGGCUGGUCUACAUUCACCUGUGUGUGCCCUGUGGGCUUUGGAGGCAAGGACUGUCGGCAUGCCAUGCAUCAUCCUCACCAUUUCCAAGGCAAUAGCAUCCUUUACUGGGACUUCAAAAAUGAAGUGAAAAUCUCCACUCCAUGGUACAUGGGCCUGGCAUUCCGAACACGUCAACUGGAUGGAGUGUUGCUUCGGGCUCAUGCAGGCCAGUACACCACCAUACUCUGCCAGCUGGACUCCGGCCUGCUCUCCUUCGUAGUGAACAGGGGCUCUGGACGUAUCACUAAGCUCCUCCUGGAUCAAAUGCAGCUGAAUGAUGGGAAAUGGCAUGACCUACAGCUACAGCUACAAGAUGUACGCAGUGGACGAGAGAUACGCUACAUCAUCACUCUUAAUCUGGACUUCGGACUCUACCAGGACACCAUAGCUGUGGCAAAUGAGCUGCAUGGCCUCAAAGUAAAGUAUCUCCAUGUUGGGGGAAUCUUAGAUUCCGGUACAGUGCAUCAUGGUUUGGAAGGCUGCAUCCAGGGAGUGCAUCUAGGUGAUAAACCCACAGGGAAUGUGUUAGCCAAGCCCAGCAGUACUUUGAACGUGGAGGCAGGGUGUACCGUAGCCAACCCUUGUGAUUCCAAUCCUUGUCCAGCCAACAGUCUAUGCCAGGACAAGUGGCAGACCUACUCCUGUGUGUGCAAGCCAGGCUACUAUGGUGCGAGCUGUGUUGAUGCUUGCCAUCUGAACCCUUGCAAGAACAAGUCGGUGUGUCGGCGAAAGCCAGGUUCACUCCAUGGCUAUGUCUGUGAGUGCGGAGAAAACUACUUUGGACAAUAUUGUGAGCACAGGAUGGACCAACAAUGCCCUAAGGGCUGGUGGGGAAACCCAACCUGCGGACCCUGCAACUGUGAUGCAGCCAAGGGAUUUGACCCAGACUGUAAUAAAUCCAAUGGGCAAUGUCAUUGUAAGGAAUUCCAUUAUCGUCCUAAAGGAAGUGACACCUGUCUUCCCUGUGACUGCUACCCCAUUGGCUCCUCCUCCCGUUCCUGUGAUCAGGAAAUGGGCCAGUGCCACUGCAGGCCAGGUGUGAUUGGCCGACAGUGCAACAGUUGUGACAGCCCUUUUGCAGAGGUGACUCCCAGUGGUUGCCAUGUGCUCUAUGAUGCAUGUCCCAAAUCUCUGAAAGCUGGCGUGUGGUGGCCCCAGACCAAGUUUGGCUUGCUAGCAGCAGUACCUUGUCCCAGAGGUUCCUUGGGUUUGCGGGGUACAGGUGCAGCAGUUCGGCACUGUGACGAGGAAAGAGGAUGGCUGGAACCUGAUCUCUUCAACUGCACAUCGCCCGCCUUUAAGGAGCUCUCAGCCCUGCUGGAGGGUCUGGAAAGGAAUGAAACUGAAUUGAAUACCAUAGAAGCCAAGAAACUGGCCCACCAGCUACGGGCAGUGACAGACCAGAUGGAGCGCUACUUUGGCAAUGAUGUUCAUAUCACAUCUCGCCUGCUGUCCCACUUGAUGGCAUUUGAGAGUAGGCAGCAGGGCUUUGGCCUCACUGCCACCCAAGAUGCCCACUUCAAUGAGAACCUGAUACAGGCUGGUAGCUCUGUGCUAGCACUAGAGAAUCGAGACCACUGGGACACACUGCUACAGAAUGAUCAUGGCAGUGCAGGUCUAAUGGAACAGCUGAGGGAGUACACCAGCACACUGGCCAGCAACAUGAAACUCACCUACCUCAACCCUGUCGGUGUGGUGACCCCCAAUAUUGUGCUUAGCAUUGACCGCAUGGAGAAUACCACCAAUAACAGGAGACGCUACCCUCGUUAUCACAGCAGCCUCUUUCGCGGUCAGGUCAUGUGGGACCCACACACCCACAUAGUCCUUACACCUCCCAAAAUAGAAGCUCCAACUACCACAGCAUCUCUAUCAGCUGGCAUUGAAGUCAAUGACACUGUGGAAAACUCCCUCCCAAAGCACUCCCCGCCAGAACCUGAGUCUGCAGUAACUAUCCUCAUCCUCAUAAUUUACCGCACACUUGGAGGACUUCUGCCUGCCCACUACCAGGUGGAUCGCCGCAGUCUCAGGCUCCCCAAAAACCCUGUUAUGAAUUCCCCCAUAGUGAGCGUAUCUGUGUUCAGCAAUCACACCUUUCUCCAGAGCACUUUGGAGACACCCUUGGUGCUAGAAUUCCGCCUGCUUGAGACGGUCAACCGCAGCAAGCCCCUCUGUGUUCAGUGGAAUCACUCUAGCCAGAUUGAGCCCACUGGCUUCUGGACCGCACGGGAUUGUGAUCUUGUGUAUCGAAACACUACACAUGUCCGCUGCCACUGCUCCCAGUUUGGCACUUUUGGAGUCCUGAUGGACAGCUCCCACCGAGAGCAGCUUGAGGGUGACCUGGAGACCUUGGCCAUUGUGACCUAUUCCUUGGUGUCUCUCUCUCUGGUGUGCUUGCUGCUGACCUUCUUCUUCUUGGUAUGCCUGAAAGGUCUCAAGUCCAACACUCGGGGCAUCCACUGUAAUAUCUCCAUCACCCUCUUCUUCUCAGAACUGAUCUUUCUCUUGGGCAUCAACCAAACUGAAAACCAGUUCCUCUGCACUGUGAUUGCCAUCCUGCUGCACUACUUCUUCCUUGCCACUGUUGCUUGGCUCUUCGUGCAAGGGCUCCAUCUCUACCGCAUGCAGACUGAAGUCCGCAACAUCAACUAUGGAGCCAUGAGGUUCUACUAUGCCAUUGGUUGGGGAGUCCCAGCCAUUAUCACUGGAUUAUCGGUUGGGUUGGAUCCAGAGGGCUAUGGGAACCCAGAUUUCUGCUGGAUUUCCAUACAUGAUAAACUGAUCUGGAGUUUUGCAGGGCCCAUUGCUGUUGUCAUUCUGAUGAACGGGGUGAUGUUCUUAUUUGUGGCAAAGAUGCUGUGUUCCCCGGGGCAGAAGGAAACAAAGAAAAAAUCUGUUCUCAUGACGCUGCGCAGCUCCUUCGUUCUGCUUCUAGUUAUUAGCACUACUUGGCUCUUUGGCCUCUUGGCUGUCAACAACAGUGUCCUGGCUUUCCACUACCUCUACACUAUCCUCUGCAGCCUUCAGGGCUUGGCAGUUCUGGUUUUGUUCUGUGUCCUGAAUGAAGAGGUGCAAGAAGCAUGGAAACUAGCCUGUCUUGGCAAAAAGCCUACAAGUGAGGAAGCCAACAGAAGCAGUCAGGGCCCUAAUGCCUACAACAACACAGCUCUGUUUGAGGAGAGUGGUCUCAUCCGUAUCACCCUGGGAGCUUCCACCAUCUCAUCUGUUAGCAGUGUGCGCUCAGCCCACACCCAUUCCAGCCAACGGGGCUACCUCAGAGAGAACAUGAUGGGGCAUCAAGGCUCAGCCCUGGAUCAUAACUUGCUCAAUCACACCGGUCCCACAGACCUUGAUGUAGCUAUGUUUCAUCGCGAUGCAGGACCAGAUCAAGACUCUGACUCAGACAGUGAUCUCUCUCUCGAUGAAGAACGCAGCCUCUCAAUUCCAUCAUCAGAGAGCGAGGAGAAUGUGCAUCUCCGGGGCAGGUUCCAGCGUCAAUUCAAAAGGGCAGCACACAGUGAGAGGCUUCUCACCAACCCUUCCAACACCACACCCAAAGAUGUAGACGGCAAUGACCUAAUGUCUUACUGGCCAGCGCUGGGUGAAUGUGAAGUUCACCCCUGCUCCCUCCAGAAAUGGGGCUCAGAGCGGAAACUUGGAUUUGAUGUCAACAAAGAUGCUGCCAACAAUAACCAACCAGACCUGGCCUUAACCAGUGGAGAUGAGAACUCCCUCACCCAGACCCAACGACAGAGGAAAGGCAUCCUGAAGAAUCGCCUCCAGUACCCUCCAGCUCUGCAAGGCCUGUCAUCCAUGGGCAGAAUGACCAAUGAGCUUUCCUGGUACAAAACAUCCACUCUGGGUCACAGGGCUGUUCCUGCUGCUUCUUAUGGCAGGAUUUAUUCUGGUGCAGGCAGCCUCUCUCAGCCAGCAAGCCGAUAUUCUUCACGGGAACAACUUGACAUGCUGAUGAGAAGGCAGAUGUCCAGAGAACAGCUGAGCCGGAAUAAUUCUGGCGAGUGCCUGGAACCUGUAACCUGCAGACAUGGGUCUCGGGAGCAACUGAACACCAUUCUGAACAGGCCUGGGUCUAGGGAGCAUCUGGACACUAUCCUCAGCCGACAUGGGUCAAGGGAGCACCUUACAAGUAUACCCAGUAGGCAUGGGUCUAGAGAAGACUUAGGUGAAGUAGUUACUGGACAUGAUCAAAGAAUUCACGGAAACACUCUGCCUAGGAGGCAGGGAUCUAGAGACCACCUAGAUACUUUGCCCUGUAGAUUUGGGUCACGAGAACAGCUAGACUGUGGUGGAGCAGUAAGGGAAAUCUCUAGAGAAUGGCUAAACACCAUGCCUAAUAGGCAAGCAUCAAGAGAUCGAAUGGACACUUUGCCAAGUCGAGACACUUCUCGAGAACAGCUUGAUUUGCUUUCUAGAAGGCAGCCUUUGAGAGACCAACUAGCGUCAGCUAGACAAAUAUCAAGAGAGCAGUUGGACUUCUUAUCAAGAAGAUCUAAUUCCAGAGAGCAUCUGGACACAGUGCCUGGCAGGCAAGCUUCUCCAGAAAAUCUAGAAGCUAUGUCUAGACAGCAGCCUUCUAGGGAAAAUCUCGAACUCCUCUCCAGAAGGCUUCCCUCUAGAGAAAAUCUUGACACAAUCCCCAGCCGUCACCCCUCCACAGAGCAAUUAGACAUCCUUUCUUCUAUUCUGGCUUCUUUUAACUCCUCUGUCUUGUCCUCUGUGCAAUCAUCCAGCACUCCCUCAGCCCCACAGACUACAUCCACACCUUCUGCGGCACAGACAUCCUCCACACCCUCCAUGCUGUGCCCUUCACCACCUCGAUCUGCUACAUCUCACAGUAUUUCCGAGCUGUCGCCAGACUCAGAAAGAGUAACAAGAAGUGAAGGUCAUUCCUGAGGCGCCAACUGCUGCAAGAGCAAAGGAAGAAGCAGGAAUGAUUGCCAGGCCAGACACUUCCAGCAACGGUUUGGGAUCCUUCAGGCACCUUCGAAGAAAGAACUGAGGAUGCUUUGGAGGUCCAAAUCAACCAUGACCUCCCCUAGCACUCAGUGGUAGAGAACUUGCGAGUGAGAGCCAGGUAAAGUGCACAGACCUGGCUAUGGAAGAAAGGUGUCUUGGGUACCUCUGUGCCAUACUGGUCAUCCUUCCUGCUCAGAGGGAUGCCCCAAAUGGAAGGGGCGAAGUAACCACACCAUGAGUGAGCACCAUUUGUGACGUAUCAGAUGCAGACCAACGGAACCUUCCUUUCCAAAACAUUUCGAUACCCUGUGCAAACAUGAGAGGGAGGGGUGGCUGCAAUGGGGAGGGGCAGGGAACGGUUUUUAUACAUUUUUGUAUCUUUGUAAUCAGAGAGAAGAGAAAUUUCUAUGGUUAUUUUUACGGUUCUUCUGUUCCUGUAAUGCUGAUCUCAUUUCGUCUUGACGGUGAUAUGUCUGAACUGUGGCAUGAUGCUAUGCAGGCUUCUCCCCAGCAGGGCUCCACAGAGGUCCUGGGGAGGUAGAACCGGGUGAUGGAUCCACUGGAUUCUCUUCAGCCAGCCCUCUGUGUGGUAUCCUGUUGGGUGCCUCUCAUAUGUUCCUCAUGAGGGUAAUGAUGUGGCAGACAGCUUGCUGGGAGUUGGGGGCAGGAUCUCUUUCUCUCUCUUUCUUGCUCACACACACACACAGACGCAAACACCCUCCGCUAACUCAAGCCACCAGAACCUGAAAUCUCAUUUGCUUUGAUGGGACCUCCAUUUUAUCCUAGACCAAAGCCAUGCCUCCUUUUGUCAAGACCUGGAAGGUUAGAAUGUGAUUACAAAUCAAUCCUCUGAAGGCCUUCAAUCGAUUCAGACCCCUGUUCCAACCAAUUCAAAACUGCCUUUUAUUUGCAUGUGCGCACCAACAUCAAGUUAUGGGCUGGAAAGCAAUUUUUGGUGCCAACUGUUAAUCUGGCCUUGGGUUGAGCACUUGCUGCUGCUCUAUGAAUGUUUCCUUAUGUGAGCACCCCUUAUUACCACAAUGUUAGGGCCUUGCCUAGUUGCCUAUCCUGUGGAACGAGGGUUGCCGACCUCCAGGUUAGACCUGGACAUCACAGGGGGAAAAAGUGAAGCCUGGCCAAGGCUAUAAGACACAAGGCUUUAAGAUGCAUCUUAUAGCCUUGGCCAGGCUUCACUUUUUUCCCUGUGUUGUCCCUGCAACGUGGUUGCUUAGACCUGGACAUCCCCAGGAUUAUGGCUGAUCUCCAGAUGACAGAGAUUAGUUCUCUUGGAGAAAAUGGCUGCUUUGGAGGGUGGGAUUUAUGGCAUUAUAUCCUACUGAGAUUUCACCCCUCCCCAAGACCCCGCUUCCUUAAACUUUACCCUCUGAUCAUCAGGAAUUUCCCAACCUGGAGUUGACAACCCUAAUAUGCAUGCACAUCUAUUCUUAAGUUCUGCAUCCAGGAAGUUUUGGGGGAGGCUUCUGCUACAUUAGACUAUACUCAGGUGUGAAGGUUUCCCUAAAAUGAGCCCCUAUCUUCAUAAGCUUGGAUUUAGAUGGGCAUAGGCCUUGGCUUCAGGGGAGAUCUAUUUCCCCUCCAGUUUUAUUGGUUAAAUGUCUUCUUUCUUGACCAGGAAACUAGUACUAAACUUUAUACUAGGCUGUUUUGACUAUCUUGUGUGGAAGCUGGGUAGGAACAUUUGGGUGUGCAGUAUCAGUAACACAAUAUUGUCCCAACUAGGAUUACCACUUUUUUCUUGACAAGGCAUUUGGAUUAAUUUUAUGAAGACACGCUUGGCUCAGGGCUUCAUCCUUACCUCCUAAUACUAGAACCAGAGUGGAAGACUUCCCCUUUGAAAGAAAGAACCUAUUCAGUGAGAAGACUGGUGCAGUCCUCAAUAGAACAAGGAAGAGUAGACUUACUGCAACGUCUUUGGGUAUUACCUUUCAGGGCACUGGAAGUUUUAAGCAGCGGUAUUUCCCUCAGCAUUCUCAACAUUCUUUCUGGAAGAACCUAUUUUUACAGGCAGUCUCAUAAUCUCUAAGGAUUCAGAUCUCAAUAGAAACGGAGACAUUCCUAGCAUAGGCAAAAGGGUAGGCAAGACGAUCAGUCCCCCAGGGAUCGACCUUCCGGGGAAAAGCAGGUGGCAUUACUAUAUGGCAUAGAAUACCGCUUCCUUGACAGACUGUCACUGUUCACUGACCAGUGAUCUCUAAUCACUCAGGACCAUUGGGUUCUUUCUACAAUGAAGUUUGGUUAAUUUAAAACUAUCCCUGUCUGAGUAUCUCUACCACCUCCUUCUCAUUAUUCUUCACCUCUUCUGGCAGCUGAGGUUUCGAUGCUGUGCAGAAAGGGGGCCUUUCCCAACUUAAUCCACCUUUUUCUGGAAAAUUGUUUUAUAGUCUAUAGUCCAGUUAAGUAAGGGGGCAGAUUCUCAGUUCAUUUCUUUCAUUGAACAGACUGAGUGCAUACGCCCACUGCCCUUCUCUGGGAGCAAUCAAACAAAAGUUAGCUGUGGCUGAGUCCCUUUGAAAUUCAAAAGUACUUAAAAGCAUUUAACUGUGCACUUUAGUCCCACUGGUUUCAAAGGGACCUAGCUGUGUAAUUUUUCCUUGCUUUUUCACCGAGUGCUGUUUUUGAUGCGCUGAACUGAAAAUACUCCUCUCCUGUUUGCCUCAGUCUAAAUAUUUUAAAUCUCCUUAUCUGCAUGCACACACUCACAAGCAUACAUAGAAAUCUGUUCAGUUCCAAAAUAAAGUUUCCAACUUUGGGUUAGGAAAUUCUUACAGAUUUUGGGGAGUAGAGCCAGGGGGGUUGGGGAGGGGGAGCUUCAGUGGGGAUAACACCGUGGAAAGCACCCUCCGAGCAGCCAUUUUCUCCAGAGGAACUGACUUCUGUCUCUUGGAGGUCAGGUGGAAUUCCAGGAGAUUUCCAGCCACCACCUGGAGGUUGGCAACCCUAACUCCAAACCCAGUUUGUUUCCAUGUACUUAGUUAUAACCUAUUGAAACACUGAAUAGCUCAAGUUCCUUAAAGAGUUAAAAAGCCAUUGGAGCUGCCUGAAGUUUGCCUUGUUUUGAAAAAAAUAGAAUAAAUUAGUGUCAUGACAGUAUCACUGACACUUGUGCUCAUUAAAACUCAAGUCACAAUACUCAGCAAACUACAGUUUCAAAAUUUGGCUUUCAUACUUCUUUCUCUCCUUCCAAUAUCCAAGUAUUAAUUCCUACUUCACCAAGACAGUGCUGCAGCUCAGUCAGAUCUCAAGCAAAGUUAACUCACACAACUAUUGGUGUUUUUAGCUGUAUUGGUCCGUGACCCUCGGUCACAAAGGACUGCUGUUUAAUUUUGAAAUCAUCUCCUCUCCAUACCCUCGCCCAACCAGUUGGACUAGAUCCAGAUAUUCAUAAGGCCCUUCACAAGCCAGUAGUACUUCAAAACUUUCAUCAGUAAUUGCUUGAG